AUGAGAGAAAUCUGGGUUGGGAACCACAGAUCGAUUUGCGCAGAGAAGAAGAAGAAGAACCACGUUGAGCAGGAAGAAACCGAUUCGCGAGAAACCACAGAUCGAUUUGCAGAAGGAGAGAAAGUUGGGUUGGGAACCACGGAUCUAUUCGCGCAAAGAAGAAGAAGAACCACGUCGAGCAGGAAGAAACCGAUUCGCACAGAGAAACCGAACAGGAAGAAGAAAAUGGAUGAAGUCGAGCAGGGGUAUUUGUACUGGCUUUUAGUAGCAGCUCUCUAUCAUCUUCCUCCUCAGCCGAGGGAUAACUUUUACGAUAUGUCUGUUUUCUUGACAACUUUUGCCUCUUCUGUUCUGCGUCUUCUCGUCUUCCUCUUUAUUUAUGAUCGCCUCGCGUACUACUUUAAACUUGAGGCUCCAAAGUGGAACCUAGGGAACAUUUUCAAACAUUCUGCAGGGCCUUCAAGAAUUACAGAGAGUCCAAUAUCAUAUGACACCCACGUCUCAUGGCCCCUGUUUAUAGGCCUUAACAUUUACGUGCAUUAUUACCAAAAGAGAGAAUCAAAUACAUCAUCGGAUCAAGAUUGUCGGAAGCCUUAUUUUUUAGAUAUGGUUCCUUGGUAUUCAGGAACCUCAGCUGACCUUUACAAGACUGUUUUUGACCUCCUGGUGUCAGUAAAUAUCUUCCUAUGUCGCUUUGACUUGCGUAUAAUGCAGGCUGUAACGAGUCAAGUUCAAGAUGGAGCUCGAGAACAGAAUCGUGGAGCCCGAGAUCAACACAAUCUUUUGUAUGAUUUUAGUAAAAAGAAUGAACUGUGGUUCGAUUUCAUGGCUGAUACUGGCGAUGGUGGGAAUUCAGCUUACACUGUGACACGUCUACUUGCUGAGCGUGCCAUUCGUUGUAAUGGCACUAAUGGCACUAAGCUUACCUUAAAACGAGGAGACUUGCUACUCAUUGGAGGGGAUCUUGCGUACCCUAAUCCGUCAAAACACACAUAUGAAAGGCGCUUCUUACGUCCUUUCGAGUAUGCUCUUCAACUGCCUAACAAUCAUAAGUGGGAUCAUGGUCAUGUUGGACCUCAGUGUUUUGUUAUUCCCGGAAACCAUGAUUGGUUUGAUGGUCUUCAAACCUUUACGAAGUAUAUAUGUGAGAAGAAGUGGUUGGGCGGGUGGUAUAUGCCUCAGAAGACGUCUUAUUUCGCUUUAAAACUUCCUCAAAGAUGGUGGGUUUUCGGUCUUGAUCUUGCACUCGAUGGUGAUAUCGAUACCUACCAAUUCCAAUUCUUUUCAAAGCUUGCAAGGGAAAUGAUCGGAAAAAACGACGCUGUGAUCGUAAUGACACACCAACCGGAUUGGCUUGUUGAUUGGUACGAAAGUGGUACGGAUGGCGAAAGGGAUAAUCUGUCAGAGUUGAUCUGUAACAUUUUGAAAGAAAGGUGUAAGCUUCGAAUUGCUGGGGACAUACAUCACUAUAUGCGCCACUCAAUGGUACCUGAACCGAAUGAUUUAGUUUAUGCACAACAUCUGCUUGUAAAUGGUUGUGGUGGAGCAUUCUUGCAUCCCACCCAUGUAUUUGGUGGUUUUAAAGAAUCUCAUGGAGUUUCCUAUAACUCCGGACCUAGUUAUCCAGACAAAGAAACGUCAAGGAGGCUUGGAUUUAGAAAUAUUUGGAAAUUUCGAAAGGAGAAUUCUCAAUUUGAUUUUGUUGGGGGCAUUAUGUACUAUAUGUUGGUCUUUUCUAUGAUCCCACAGUGUGAGCUUGAUCACGUCUUUGAAGUAGAUUCCAAGUUGGGUUUUUGGAGAACUUGUUUCCGUACGCUGUGGAAUGCUUUUAUAUACAUGCUGGAACACUCUUACGUUUCUCUAGGAGCUGCUAUGCUGUUGGUAGUCGUGGCAAUGGCAUUCAUACCCUCCAAAGUGUCAUGGAAGAAAAGGGUAGCGAUUGGAAUUCUUCAUGUUUCUGCACAUCUCUCUGCAGCUCUAAUUCUUAUGCUGGUGUUGGAACUGGGUGUUGGGGUGCUUGUCCACCAUAAACUAUUGGGAACUUCAGGGUAUCACUCUUUAUAUCGAUGGUAUGAAUCACAAGAAAAAAGUAGGCACUUUGAUCUUUCAAAUGGAACACGAGCUGGUAUAAAACAAUGGAGUUCUGACCUUUAUUCUACAUAUAUCAAGAAUCUCAUGUUUGCAUUUGAUGUGCCAGAGCUCAUGGCUGUCACACGGAUCAAUAUUUGCAAGAAUGGGAUGGCAUCUCUCUCUCGAUUGGAUACCAUUUUUUACUAUGGCUCAGUGUUCCUUUAUUUCUGGCUCUUGUCAACCCCUGCAGUUUCAUAUGUGUUUGGAAUCUAUCUAUACAUCUGCGUCAACUGGUUAGACUUGCAUUAUGACGAAGCCUUCUCCUCUCUUAGGAUUGCCGAUUACAAGGCUUUCACCCGAUUUCACAUCGAAUCUAAUGGCGAUCUUCAUGUUUACACCCUUGCAGUUGAUAAGAUCCCACUGGACUGGAGUUUAGAUCGCCAAUGGGAGAAGGAAAAUGAAGACAAAAACAAGUUGAGCUACAAUAGAGAUUUUCCCAGCCAAUGGGAAGCAUCUGAUCCGGACAAGGACCCGUUAAGGACUGUGAGGAUCAUUGACGAAUUCGUCAUUCAACGAUCGAAUACGUCAUGGCUUGGGAGAAAUUCCCCUCCAAGGGAAAGUCUUUUCACGAAAUUGUAUUCGCUUCUUCACCAUAUCACCGAGACAUGA